CCUUUUUAAAUGGCCUUUUUAAAUGGUAGUAAAAAAUGGCCAAGUCAGACUGAACUCACGAAUAAAAAAGAUUGAGCUGAAUGAGGAUGGAAGUGUCAAGUGUUUUAUACUGAAUGAUGGUAGUACAAUUGUGGGAGAUGCUUUCGUGUUUGCCACUCCAGUGGAUAUUUUCAAGCUUCUUUUGCCUGAAGACUGGAAAGAGAUUCCAUAUUUCAAGAAGUUGGAGAAGUUAGUCGGAGUACCUGUGAUAAAUGUCCAUAUAUGGUUUGACAGAAAACUGAAGAACCCAGAAGAUAAUCUGCUCUUCAGCAGAAGCCCACUGCUCAGUGUGUAUGCUGUCAUGUCCGUCACAUGUAAGGUCUGUUUAUAAAAGUGCCAGGUUGUGAACCUUGUCGGCCCUUGCAAAGAUCCCCUAUAGAGGCACGUCAUAAUGGUCAAAACUAUGUGUUUGCCCUUCUAACUGGCUAUCGCGAUCCUCCUGCUGGUGUUUCGAAUCAAUAUCAACUUUCAAAGGCGGAUUACUUGCUUCGAGGGGGAUUCCCUCGUGUCCUGAUGAUGCUCGUAACCCCCAUACUCAAUCUAGUGGUGCGAAUGAUGAUGGGACUCACGUGUCAAACACACAAAGGAAUGUUUGAAUGUUAAUGUUGUGUUGGAUUUGUGGAUUGUGCAAGUGUUUUGUGGAUGUUUGUGAGGGGUGAAGUAGUCUAAUGUUGUAGACUAACUUAGUGUAGAUCUACUAGUUUAAUGUUUUGUGGAUGUUUGCAAAGGUUGAAGUAGUUUAAUGUUGUGUAGAUGUUUGCGAAUGUUGAAGUAGCUUAAUGUCUCUUCGGAAUGUUUGAAUGACGUUUUGAUUCAACUUUGAAGUAGUUUCGAAUUGAAUUUGACGUAUUGUUGGUUGUGAUA